AUGACCAAAAAUUUGGUGGUUCCCGGAAUGUGUGCGAAUAUAGAGGAGAUCAAAGAAGAGCCAAAAGUGUUGGGUUUAUCCGGAGGAAACUCUGUGGCGUUCAAAGUGUUUACAAUAGAGCGCAAAGCAUCGGCAUUAGCCACACGGAACCUGAAAAUAAGAAGAGUAGUCAAAAGUGACAAUUCUUGUUAUCAUGGAAAAAGCGACCGAUCAUCGGAAGCGAGUGAUCAGCGCCAGAAAGCCCAACGAGAGGGAGAACUUCAAGAGAAGCAUGAAUCUGAGAACGAUACAAGCUCAAAAAAUGAGGAUCAUCCUCAUGAUGAUGAGAAUGGAAAAGAUGCAACCACCAAUGAUAGCUUUCGUCGACAGAAACUUUCGGACAUCGACGCACAGCACGUUGAUGAACAUACUGACCAAAGCAAAUCGAACCAGCUGCAGAAGCAAGCUGUUCGAUUUGGUAUCGAAAUGGAGAUUGAUCAGUCGAAAUGUAAAUGUGUUCAAAGUGCAGGUGGUAAGCAAUUCAAUCAUCUUGUUCAAAUUGAUCCUUAUACUAUCGGAAUGGCAGAAUUUAAUGCUGGAAAAUCGGGCGCAUUUCGUGUCGCUUUAUCGGUGUGUUCAUUGCUGAUACAUUUUAUCGUCGGCACGAUUGGUUUAUAUGAAUGUCCAAUGGAUGCGAAUAUUGCACGAUUCGUGUUGGCUCGAAGUUCAUUGAUUAUUGUUGACCUUAUCUAUCUAGCAGGAUUCGCCUUCCUCGCCAACCCAUCGAAACGAUUGGCACAUAUUCCCGAAAUUCGUCAUGCUGGUUCAUUCGUUUUAUCGAUUGCAGGUGCGAUCUGUGUAUAUCCGUAUUAUGUGCGAGUGCAACACAGCGAUAAAAAGUUACGAAUGUAUUGCAGUGCGAUAUGCUAUUGGUUCGCGUUCGGUGCUGCUACGGCCGAUCUAGUCUUUUUUGCUGUUUUGAAUGUUAUUUGUUGUUGCUCAGUGCUUACAUCUUUGCAUAUUUCUUGUCGAAACGACUCGAAUCAACCAACGUCUGAGAACGUUUGA